GGCUAGGUUUUGGGCAUGAAAGCUUCGGCGAACUGGGAAAGAAAGAAAAAAGAAGAAGAGCGCGAGGGAUAAAAAGGAAAAGCAGAGGGAAAAGAGGAACCAGGCGGCGGGCUGAGCAAAAAAUGGAGGAAACAAGCAACGAAAAAAACACACAAAAGGGAAAUGGGGGUUUCAGCUUCAAUCAUCCGAUAAAAAUUUUUCCAAUCACCACUGCCAAAUUUCCCACCACCUCAACCGGCUGCCGGCUGCCACCACUCUCUUUCCACCCUCCGUCCUCAAAUUCCCCCCAAUUUCCCCAAACGAAUCCUCCACAAAAACCCCUCAUUUCCCAUUCUGCUCCUCCCCACUUCUAAUACAAGCCUUUUCUGCCAACGCCUCCACCACAGCCCUUCCCCUUUACCGCCGUCUCUAUCCGCGCCAAGCCCAAAAAAAAACUCAUCCUCAGCAACCUUUCUGUUCUCGGUGAAAAGGGCAAGAACAGCUACGACGUCGAGACUCUCAUCAAAUUCUUCUCCACCUGCUCCUCUUCCGUGGAUGGCUUGAGCAGCAACAGCAGCGGAGAUUUCCAACUCACCGAGCCGUCACCACCCAUCGGAUAUCCAUUGCCGCCUGCGAAUUUCACCAAGAAAGCCUUCUGGCAAUGAUUUUAGGCACUGGAGAAAGAAAAUAGUGAAGAUGGAAAUAAUUCUGAUUCUAGCAGUUAUUCUAAUGAUAAUGAGGACGAAAGGCCGGAGAGCAAAUCUAUCACCACCUCUUGGCCUCAAAGUUACAGAUUCUGUAUUUAGCAGUGAAGCACUUGGUUUCUUGAAAGCUGUUAUAUUUAUAUGGCAGUCCAUCGAUUUAUACAGUAGUGUACCAUCUCCAAGUCUUAACUUCCUGGGGACGCCUACGUUAUCAUGUUUAGGCAGCUCAUGUAUCUCUUAUUCAUUAACAAGAAGAUACACUCCUGAAGUACUCCCUUCUUCGCAAAACCUCUAUUACCACCAGUAGCA